AAGUCUAAGAAGUGUGCGCAAGAAUGUCUGUACCAAGUGAAUUAUCUUUAGCUGAAAUUCGAAAUUUCAUGUUAAUAAAUGGUGGAAAAGUUACGAAUCAUGAAUUAGUUAAAUAUUUCAAAAAGUUUCUUACUCAACCCGAUACUAAAGGUGAAGCAAGAAAACGAUUUAAAACUUACGUUAAUAUUUUAUCAACAAUCAAAAAUGAAAACAAUGAAAAAUAUUUGAUUCUACGUAAACGUUAUUAUAAUGAAUGUCCGAUUGAAAAUGAGCUCAACGAUGAUUUGAAUUUAUUGGGCCAUCCAGAACUAUUACAAAGUCCUGGUUCACGCUCUGGUAUAUCUGAACACGAUCUGUGUGCCAGCGGACGAUUCUCAAAUGAAUACCAAAGUAAACCACAAGACCCUUCGCCAUAUAAAGAGCCCCCACCGUACAAACCACCACCAAAAGUAUUGCUCUAUGCAUAUCAAAAUCAAGAAAAGUAUGGCGAAUGUGUGAAUGAAUUUAAAUCUGAACUUUAUACCAUCGGUUCCCAACGAAACAAUGUAGAUCCAGAGCAAAUAGAUAUGGCGCCAAAAUUACCACCUAAAAUUAAACCUACAAAAGAAGUUGCACGCUGUUCUAAGCAGGACAAUUUGGAUCAUAAAACUGAAAAAUCAGUAUGCACUGCUAUCAAUCUAUGCGAUGUUGGUAAUGAUGACAAAGAAAAUAUUACAAAGCCGUUUAAAAUUGAUCAUGCAGAACGCACAAUUGACAAACAAAUAAGUGUAAAGGAAGCGACGAAAAAAUUUAAUAGAAUAGCAUCCGAAGAAGAAGCGAGCAAAAUUAUAUCUCCCAACACUAAAAAGAGACCAGAAAAGCAAAUCGAUGAAGUCAUUGGUGAGAAUCUAGUGAAUCUAACUGGACACCCAAAAACGAAAGAAUGGUUAGUAAGCUCUGCCAGGUGUAACUAUCAAGAACUUGCAAAACUUUCAGCAGAAUAUCCAGAACUAGUUAGAUUACAGGACCCAACAACGGGUUAUACGGCAUUACACUGGGCUGCAAAAUUUGGAAAUGAAGACGUUGUUAAACUCAUUGCUGGCUCUCAUAAGGCCGAAGUAAAUUCCAAGACGAAUGGGGGAUACUCGCCUUUGCAUCUGGCAGUUCUAUUUGGCAAAGAUAAUAUUUUUGAACUACUUUGUAAUGUUUACAAGGCAAACCGAGAUGUUCUAGAUCAUUGUGGUCGAAAACCUUUGGAUUAUAUUUCAACCAAUUCAAAUCGUAAGCAAAGCACCAAGUCAGUUUCGGCAUCAACUUUUAGCAAAAUUAAAGCCAGAAAGAAGCAUUCCGAAAAAGAUCUUAGCUUUCUUCGUAUUGGCUCUUUGAAUGUGCGCGUAAAAAAAACUACAGAGGCUUUCAGUAAUUUUUUGGGAGUUGGUAACAAUAGCAACUUACAGUACGGAAGUAAUACAAAUGAUGUAAACCAUCGUUAUCUUCAAGCGAGAGACACAUCGUGUUCUUCAUCUUUUGAUAUCAUCCAUAAGACUUGGGGGUCCGCAGAUAAUAUUCCACCGAAUAAAGAAACCAAAACAAUGAUGCCACCAAAGUUCAAUUCUGUAAAAAAGCGUCGAGCAAAACGAUCAGCAGAAUAUUUGAAUUCAACCACUCGAAUCGGACAUCGGAGCAUGCCAACAACACCAAAUCAAACUCGCUCGACAACUAUUCACUCAGUUCAUGAAAUGACUGAGCAAUCGUCUGAUUCUGACACUGCUGGAUUCGAUUCUAAUUGGAAGUAAAGAUGGUCAAAAAGAAGAUUUACAUUUUUAUUUUUUGUAUGUUAUUUAAGUCAUUUCACCAAUCAACACAGUUUUAUGUCCUAAGCAGUAGCUAUCAUAGGUUUAUCAUGAUUUAUGUCCACUGAUUACAGCAAGGAUUAAAAAACCAUGUUCAAUUAGACUCUA